AGGACAAGAACACACUGCAGUUCUGUCUCGCUAUAAUUUACUUUUCACUUCACAGAAGUUCAACUUUUUCUUUUUGUUUCUAAAUAUACUGUCUCAGUGCUGAUGUAAACAGGCCUGUAUUUCUUUUAUAGGUGAUAUUAUGAAUCAAGACCACUGCUGACAUCAGAAAGAUACACAAUGAGCAACAGUUCCGCGAGCCCCAUGACAGCCAGCAGCAGCAGCAGCGCAGCAGGCGGUCGCGCAUCCGGAAAAGCCACCAGCUUCAUCCCGGAGCUCCAAAGCAUGAUGUUUGCCCUUGGCGACUCUCGAAGACCCUUGCACGAGACCGCCGCCCUGGUGGAAGACAUCGUGCACACCCAGCUCAUCAAUCUCCUUCAUCAGGCAGCCGAGGUGGCCCUCCUGAGAGGGGCCCGGGUCAUUUCACCAGAGGAUAUCAUCUUCCUAAUGAGGAAAGACAAGAAAAAAUUGCGAAGACUCGUCAGAUACAUGCAGUACAGAGACUACAAAUCCAAAAUCCUGAAAACCAUCGACGAUGAAGACCCUCUGGAUUCAGACAAAUACAGCAGCAGCGUCAACAAGAGACAGCGACUGGCGCAGGACUUCCUGGGCUCCAUCGACCAGACGGGGGAAUUUCUGUCUCUGUGUGAAGAAGAGGAGGUGGAUGAUGUCAAGCAAGAGAGGCUGGAGAGAAUCGAGAAAAUGACCAGAAACAUGGAUUCCAGUCAAUACAGUGAUUUCUGUGAGAGUCGACAGCUCAGUUUCUCAAAGAAGGCUUCGAAAUUCCGUGAGUGGUUGGACUGCAGCAGUCUGGAUGUGAAGCCCAACGCCAUGUCCAUGGAGAUCCUCUCAUAUCUGGCCUACGAGACGGUGGCUCAGGUUGUUGAUCUUGCCCUGUUGGUUAAACAAGAUAUGACUCCCAAAACGGGCGACCCUUUUCAGCACGCCAUAUCAGCCACUUUCAUUCAGUACUCCAACUCUUCUGCUGAGGCCUCAAGCACCAAAAAGGAAUCCGACUCCCCAGAGAACACCCCCCCAUCCACCCCCAGUGGCCCUCUGACAGCGGGAAACCAGGGUAGGAUGCACUCGAUGGCGCAGGGCAACGGAGGACUCGCGCAAGAUGGCAGCAGUAAGAUUAAACAGAGGAAAAGAAAAAAGAGUGCAGCAGCCUGCGGCGCAGAGGCUCAGAGCAGUGCCAUCCAACCAACCCACAUCAGAGAAGCCAUCAGGCGCUACAGCCACAAAAUGGGCCCGCUCUCCCCCUUCUCAAGUGCCUACCGCAGGAACGGCAUGACUUUCCUGGCCUGCUGAGGUGAACGGAGGGAUCUGAUGGGGAUGGGCUUUCUGUCGACGAGGGUCUCCUGCCCGUCUUCGCUCAUCUGUCUGAUCGUAGUCUCAGAUGAGCUCUGAGGAUGGCGUGUUUCUGUCUGUGUCUUUGUGUUUAAGGGUUUGGAUAGGAAAUCUUGGAUGACAGCGUUUGGAUUCGUUGAUGUUCAGUAAAUUCCAGUAAUACAAGUUUAUGUUAUGCAUAUGUUUAUUUUGUAUGUAUUUUUUUACUGUCUCCUAACAUUUCAAAAUAAUUUCACCACUUUUUUGGAUCUUUUUGAUAGAUUUGUUGAUCUGUAGAGCUGUUUCCUGAUGCUUUUGGUAAUAUUUUUCCUACUGUUGAAGUUCUGUAAACAAUUCUUAGAAUAUGCAAUAAAAUGAAGCACUUAAUAUUUCAUUUAACCAUCUCUAAAGAAAGAAACGUUGAGAUGUCCCUUGGUACUGAAGGAUUACCAUAUUCAUGUGCCAUACUUCAAGGUUUUUCUAAGAAUGCCAUGGUAUUAACAUGGUACUUUUUGGUACAUUUCAGCAAAAAAAAAAAAAAAAAAGAUUACAGUGGCAGUACCAUGGUGAUGAUGGUAUUAGAUACCAUGGUAGGUACUGUAUACUAUGAUAUAUACCAUGGUACUAAAUGUUUACCAUAAUCAUAUACCAUGUUAUUUUCAUGGUAAAACUUGUUAAUACAGUGUUUCCCACAGUCUUUGUGAGACUGUGGUGGAUGGGUGGGUGGAAAGUUAUUGUAACUUUCCACGUUGGCAGUAAUAGUACUUUAUAAAAGAAAAAAAAAUUAAACAGACAAAAUAGUCUCUUCAAAGCAGAGAUGAGGACACUGGCCCAGAGACAAAGCCAAAGCAGUGGGGUGUGAGGGAUCUUUUCUACCAAAAGGUUUGGCUAAUAUAUUUCAUACAGUUCAUUAGUCGAGGGCACUUGGAUAUUAAGACUACAAGAUAAGAUCAACAUUUGUUUUCAAGCUGGGUGACAGCAGCCCGGUUUUUGUUUUCAAGUAUAUUUAAACAUUCUGAAUGUUUAUUUUUCAUUAUUUUUACAUUCAUAUACCUAUGUAUGGGACAUAGAAGUAUUUUUGACUGAGAACAUAUAGGUUACUGUAUGGGGGUUUAGGGGUAACCCCUGAGAGAAAAUUUUGAAAAUGUAAAAUUGAUCUUGUGAAAAUUGAUGGCAAGAUGAAUGCAGAAUAUUAUCAGAAAAUACUGGCAGACAAUUUGCAUUAUUCUGCACAAAAGCUGCUCAUGGGACGCUCUUGGACUUUCCAGCACGACAAUGACCCUAAGCACAAGGCCAAGUUGACCCUCCAGUGGUUACAGCAGAAAAAGGUGAAGUUUCUGGAGUGGCCAUCACAGUCUCCUGACCUUAAUAUCAUCGAGCCACUCUGGGGAGAUCUCAAACGUGCGGUUCAUGCAAGACGACCAAAGACUUUGCAUGACCUGGAGGCAUUUUGCCAAGAUGAAUGGGCAGCUAUACCACCUGCAAGAAUUUGGGGCCUCAUAGACAACUAUUACAAAAGACUGCACGCUGUCAUUGAUGCUAAAGGGGGCAAUACACAGUAUUAAGAACUAAGGGUAUGCAGACUUUUGAACAGGGGUCAUUUCACUUUUUUCUUUGUUACCAUGUUUUGUUUUAUGAUUGUGCCAUUCUGUUAUAACCUACAGUUGAAUAUGAAUCCCAUAAGAAAUAAAAUAAAUGUGUUUU